CGGCCAAUGGGAGGCGAGGACGGGGUUGGCGCUGGGUUUGAGCCAGGCUGCGGCGGAUAGUCGUUGAGGUUAUGGUGUCGUGCGGGACCUGAGGGGCGGUGGGCGCGGGGAUGGCGGAGCAGCGGCGCGGUCUGCUGCGGCUAGCGGUGCUGCAGGAGCUGCGCGCUUCCUACGGGAUCAAGGUGAAGAGCGGGGCCUGCUUGGCGGCGGCGAAGCAGCCCGCGGCGGCCGCAGAGAGUAAAGUCUUUGGAACAUCUUUUUAUGCGCUGCCACAAUCUCUGGUGCCAGAAUAUGGAUAUAUUCCCAGCUUUCUCGUUGAUGCCUGUGAAUAUCUGGAAAAGCAUGUUCAUACCGAAGGACUCUUUAGAAAGUCUGGAUCUCUGGUUCGUUUAAAAGCCUUAAAGAGUAAGCUGGAUCAAGGUGAAGACUGCCUCUCAGCUGCACUACCGUGUGACGUUGCAGGGCUUCUUAAGCAGUUCUUUAGAGAGCUGCCAGAACCAAUCCUUCCACCUCAUCUACAAGAUGGCCUUCUCAAAGCUCAGCAGCUAGCAAAGGGGAAGAAAGCUGCAACUAUGUUGCUUUCGUGCUUAAUGACUGACAGAACAAUCGAAGCUCUGAGAUACUUCUUCAACUUUCUGAGAACUGUGUCCUUAAGAUCUAGUGAAAACAGAAUGGAUAGUGGCAACCUGGCAGUGAUUUUUGCUCCCAACCUCUUGCACUCGAAUGAAAAUGAAAAGUUGUCAACAAGUACAGAAAAAAAAAUUCGUUUGCAGGCUGCUGUGGUGCAGACAUUCAUUGAUUACGCAGAAGAAAUUGGACAGGUACCAGAGUUUAUCUUGGAAAAGAUUCCUGCAAUGUUAGGUGUUGAUGCCUUUCAGUCUACUCCCUCAUUGAGGGGCUAUGAAGACAGUGAAAAUGAAUCUCCCAGUGAAUGUAAGAGGAGGAGGCACCGAAGCGUUGGGGAUAUUGUUAGUGGAGCAUUGAAUAAAUUUAAAUCUAACAGAACACCCUCCACUACACCUCAGCAAGACAGAAGCGUCCUUUCAUCUGUGACUCCAGUGGUUCUUACUCCAAGUACUAAGCGUAAGCUUCCAGCUGAUUGCUCUCAGGGCUUGUCCAGCAAGAAGAGAAGAUCUUUUAAGCACGGUUUUGGUUUUGAGCUGUUACCAAGCAGUAUUUUUAACAGCAACUCCACACCAGCAUCAGUUCAGUUUGAAGCAAGCCCUAGUGUGUCUCUCGAGUCACCUCAAGCUUCGUUAUCUCCUUCAACGUGUGGUGAAAAUCAUUUGUCUAGCACAGGGAACAGAAGAAGUAAAAGACUUGCAAGCAAAAAGUUGUACAGGGCUGAAUCAGGAAAAACAGGUUGCUUUUCUCCAAAGAUUAGCCGAAAAGAAAUGGUUCGUAGGUCAUUACGCUUGAAGUUUGGUUUGGGGAAAAGCAGUAGGGAUGUGAAUGUUGCAUCAGGAUGUGCAGUCGGUAAUAGAGCUGAAAAUAUUGGAAGGCGUCUUGCCGGUCAACAGAAUUGGGAAAGCGGAGCUGAAUGUGCAAAAAGAGGUGUACUCUUCAGCCCAUGUAUCAAUGAAAAAGUCUCUAGGAAAGGUUCAAAGAAUGUGAGCAAGUCAGAAGAAAACUUGUUAACUCCAAAAUGCCACAACAAAGUUGUUUACAGAAUGUCAUGGAAUAGUCCUACUGUUACAGAUUCUCAGGAGAUCAGCAGCAAUGAGGGAAUUCUGCCAGAAAACAGUUCUUCAGAAUGUGCUUUUGUAUUUGAAAAGCUACCAGUUCUUCCAGAUGAAUGCAGACUUGCAGCUGAAGAUCAACAAGACAGCAGGUUAAAGCUUUGUGAAGAAGCAAAUAAUUUAACUGCAGAAACAUUACUAAAAGUUAAACAGGCAUUCUCUGGGUCUGGAAGUAAUCUUCACCAUCUGAGAGCUGAUAGAAAGUCGUCUUUCUCAGGUGUAACAGAUGAAGCAUUAAAGGAAACUCUGGGUCUCACAGGGCUCAGUCCAGAGAAAGAAUUGGUAGCUGGAGUUUCUCAGAGUCCAGCAAAGGUAGAGUCCAGAGAGCUGUUCCACCAGCAGUGUCAAUCCUGUGAUACUGAUAAACAGCAACCAAAAAAAGAUGAAAUGAAAACUUUGGAGAAAAAAAGCUUCCGAACUUCUCUUGAGAUUGAACUUCAGGUCCAGAAACCAGAUAUAAGAAAUGUAAUAGAUCUCUGGCCAGUACCUGUGUCACAGGAAGAAGACAAUUUGGCUGUUCAGAACAGUUCAUCAAAAGAUGACUUAAAAUUAGAUUCCUUUGGAAGAAAAGAGGAACUAGAGCUACCACAUUCACAAACAGCUGAAAACGGUACGGUAAAAUGCUGUAGUUCAGAAGAAGGUACUGCUAAACUUCCAGGGACAGGACAGCUUCCUGCAUUGCAGUUGCCUGUACCAGGAAAUGAAGUGGGCAACCAAUACUUGCAAGCUGAUAAUUCUGCUAAAACUUUAACUAAGGCAUCAACUGUUCCUGACCAUGGAAAGGUUUCUGACCACAUACAGUGGUUUAACAGGCUUUCAUUAAAUGACCCAAGUUCUACAAGCAAAACUAAACCACCUCUUAAAUUCCAACGUACUCCUGUCCGACAGUCUGUAAGAAGAAUUAACUCCUUAUUGGAGGCUAACAAAAGACCUAUAAGCUCUCAGCUCAGUAUAGUUAGUGAUGUUGGUUCACCACUUGUAAAAUCUUUGAGCUGUGAUUCUGCACUCUCUUCCUGCACAGAAAAACCCAAUAAGAAUUCCAAUGCUUUGUCACUCAAGAGCGAAAGUACACUUGACCAAGUUUCUACAUCUCAUAGUCAGCUUGACUUAACAUCCAAACCACGCUGCAGACAUCUGCAUCUGUUAGAUAAGCCUGAUGGUUCUGUAAGAACUGCUGGAAUCUACAGACAGAAAGUGACUGUUCAUCCAUCAAAGUCUGUUCUAGAAGAUCUAACCAAUCAGGAAACAGUGAAAUCUUGCUUAAAAGUUAAUACAGAUGUAAAUAUUCCAGAUUUUGCUCCAGAAAAAUCUACAAUCAUAAGAAGUGCUCCAGGAAAAGAAAAAGCUCGUUACAGAGGCUCUCCAAAGAAUCCAAUAUCUAAAGUGAAACUGCUACCAACUGCAAAACCAGUAGACUUGUAGGAUUAAUUAUGAUUGUGAAACGGGGUUAUUGUAACUUGGUUAACCUUUGGGAAAAUCUACUUUGUUUUUGUGAUUUGUACAAGUCUGUACCUUGUACGUAACACUUUGAGGCUUAAGUUGAGGUUUUUUUACUUAUGCUUCUUUUAUAACUGCUAGUCAGUUUGUUCAAAUUGAUUUGAUUUUUUUUUUUUUUUUAGUGUUUUUAUGAAUAUUUGCAUUUGUUGCUUGUUUACCUCAGCUUCUGAAAGCACACUGUGUCCCAGAACAAAUCUUGCGGCAUUUAGCCUGAACACCAAUUACAAACAGACCUAACAGACAUGUAAAAGACACAUCUUGGUGCUGCAUUUUGUUGAUUUCCUUUACUUCCUAGUUUCAGGCAUACUGUAGCACUAUUUUGAUGUUUAAGUUGGGCUUAUUACCAAUUCUCCUUCUGAGAAAUUUUCUUUAUUUCUAUUGGAGUGGAAACUCAGGCAGUGAAAAGUCUUAAUUUCUUCAGGCGACGCCUUCUGCAAUAUGAACCAAGAAUCUUCAGUUGUGGGCAGUAAAAUGUUUUACAACGAAAAGACAGUCUUAACUUAUUUCUAGAGCAAUAGAAUAGUGUGAACUAGAUGGAGCAGAAGAAAAUUUUAGAUGCUGAUGUUGCAAGGGAGGAUGACUGUAUGAAGCCAUAGUCUGUCAAAAGUCGAUUUGCACAAGCAAUUGUUUACAUCUUUUAAAAUGAAAACUGUUUGUCAUCAGUUGUAAGAUUAUUUAAGAGUGAACACUUGAAACUUGUUAGCUUUCUGUAUGUGCAAAUUGUUUGGCAAAAUAUAAGAGCUGAAAGCACUGGAUACUUCUGGUUUUAAUAAAACCAUGGGUUUUGUUCCUUC